CGCCGCCUCCCGCCCGAGCCGACCCCGCGCGGGCCGAGAGCCGCGCCCCGCGGCGCCCACGGGGCCCGCGCCGCGCGCGGCCGGAGCGAACUUUCCCCGGGCCGGUGGACGCGGGCGGCAGGACCCGCCAGAAGCGGCCCAGGAUGAACCCGCAGCAGCAGCGCAUGGCCGCGAUCGGGACGGACAAGGAGCUGAGCGACCUGCUGGACUUCAGCGCGAUGUUUUCCCCACCUGUUAAUAGUGGGAAAACCAGACCAACAACACUGGGAAGCAGUCAGUUCAGUGGAUCAGGAAUGGAUGAACGAGGAAGUACAACAUCCUGGGGAACAAGUGGUCAACCAAGCCCAUCAUACGACUCAUCUAGAGGUUUUACAGACAGUCCUCAUUUCAGCGACCACUUGAAUGACAGUCGCUUAGGGGGCCAUGAAGGCUUGUCCCCAACACCUUUCAUGAACUCAAAUCUGAUGGGGAAAACGUCAGAGAGAGGCUCAUUUUCUCUGUACAGCAGAGAAACCGGAUUACCAGGCUGUCAAUCUAGUCUCCUGAGACAAGAUCUGGGGCUUGGAAGCCCAGCACAACUUUCUUCUUCAGGAAAACCUGGGACGCCAUACUACUCGUUCUCGGCCACGAGCUCCCGGAGAAGACCACUCCCUGAGCCCACAGCACUUGAUCCCUUACAAGCAAAGAAAGUCAGAAAGGUGCCUCCUGGAUUGCCUUCUUCCGUAUAUGCACCAUCCCCAAAUUCAGAUGAUUUCAACCGUGAAUCUCCUAACUACCCAUCUCCCAAGCCACCAACCAGUAUGUUUGCUAGCACUUUCUUUAUGCAAGAUGGGACCCACAAUUCUUCUGACCUUUGGAGUUCAUCAAAUGGGAUGAGCCAGCCUGGUUUUGGUGGAAUUUUGGGGACCUCCACUUCCCACGUGUCUCAAUCCAGUAGUUACGGCAGCCUUCACUCACAUGACCGCUUGAGUUACCCUCCACACUCAGUCUCACCGACAGACAUGAGCACGGGCCUCCCCCCGAUGUCCAGCUUCCACCGCGGCGGCUCCGGCAGCUCCCCGUAUGUGGCUGCCUCACACACUCCUCCUGUCAAUGGCUCCGACAGCAUCCUGGGAACCAGAGGGAAUGCCGCUGGAAGUUCUCAGACAGGUGAUGCACUUGGAAAGGCUUUGGCAUCUAUUUAUUCUCCUGACCAUACCAGCAGUAGUUUUCCAUCAAAUCCAUCAACACCAGUUGGAUCACCUUCUCCUCUCACAGGUACCAGUCAGUGGCCCAGACCUAGCGGGCAAGCUCCUUCAUCCCCCAGCUAUGAAAACUCACUCCACUCCCUGAAAAAUCGAGUUGAGCAGCAACUUCACGAGCAUUUGCAAGAUGCAAUGUCCUUCUUAAAGGAUGUCUGUGAGCAGUCUCGAAUGGAAGACCGUUUAGACAGAUUGGAUGAUGCUAUCCAUGUGCUGCGGAACCAUGCUGUGGGACCUUCCACCAGUUUGCCUACUGGUCACAGUGAUAUACACAGUUUAUUGGGACCAUCCCAUAAUGCAUCAAUUGGAAGCCUCAAUUCAAACUAUGGCGGAUCAGGCCUUGUUACAAGCAGUCGGUCUGCCUCUAUGGUUGGAACUCACCGAGAAGACUCCGUCAGUCUCAAUGGCAAUCAUUCAGUCCUGUCGAGUACAGUCACUGCUUCAAGCGCAGACUUGAACCAAAAAACACAAGAAAAUUACAGAGGUGGCUUGCAGAGUCAGCCUGGAACUGUUGUUCCAACAGAAAUAAAAAUUGAAAACAAAGAAAAAGAUGAAAACCUCCAUGAACCUCCUUCAUCAGAUGACAUGAAAUCAGAUGAUGAAUCCUCCCAAAAAGAUAUCAAGGUUUCUUCUAGAGGCAGAACAAGCAGUACUAAUGAAGAUGAGGAUUUGAACCCAGAACAGAAAAUAGAGAGGGAAAAAGAGAGGCGGAUGGCUAACAACGCCAGAGAACGCUUGCGUGUGCGGGAUAUCAAUGAGGCAUUCAAAGAGCUCGGCCGGAUGUGCCAGCUUCAUUUGAAGAGUGAGAAGCCCCAGACGAAGCUCCUCAUCCUCCACCAGGCUGUGGCGGUCAUCCUCAGCCUGGAGCAGCAGGUCAGAGAAAGGAACCUUAACCCCAAAGCAGCCUGCCUUAAAAGAAGGGAAGAAGAAAAAGUUUCUGCCGUAUCGGCAGAGCCACCAACCACAUUGCCAGGAGCCCAUCCUGGGCUUAGUGAAACUACCAACCCUAUGGGUCAUAUGUAAACAUCAGCCAGCUUCAGAGUCCUCGGUAGCUAGAUAGAAGGUGACGUCUCCUCAGAGGACUUGGACAGCUCAGAGUUUCUGAAGACACAAACCUGAUAGGAGGGAGAAGGAAGAUACAAAACACUUGAAGCAAGAACGCAAAUGUUAUCCUACGAUCAAAGCCACUGGCCAACUCUUGGUCUCCGAAGUGAAGAUAGGAGCUCAUCUGACAGACAUCAGCACAGCGUCCUGUGGCAAGCCGUGUCGCUUCUGCACAAUCAGAGACUGUCUCGAUCUCUCCACUUACUGUGGAAGUUGCCUUGUGCCUAAACUGAAUUGACAAAUGCAUUGUAACUACAAAUUUUAUUUAUUGUAUGGAACUGUAAGGUCUACAUGUAAAGGGAAAAGGUUAAUGUGGAAAGCUGAUGUACACUCAGCUGAUGCCAGCAUUCGUCAAAGCUGUUCACAUCAGAGAACAAAGCAGUGACCACCCUUGGCCCUCAGCAUUCCCGGCACACCUGUCAGUGUCUUAGAGGAAGGGAAGGCACUCGCUGCCCUCUCCUGUCCUUUGCCAUAUAAAUAGUGUUUUCCAUUGAAAUAGGGAAAUAUGACUUGGUAUAGCAUUUCUUGCUCAUUUUUUUCAUUCGUUUUACUUUCUCUUUGUGAGUGUCACAUUUGGUCUAUGAGUCGGAAAUAGUUCAUGGUCACAAAUCCCCUGCGCUGCCCAGUGCUUGCGUAUUUCCCUUGCAAGAAUAAGCAAAAGCCAUCUGUGACCAUAGCCUGGCUAAGAUUUUUGAAAGGGAAAAUUUUGUCCCCUAAAUUUUCCCUCAGAUAAACAUUAUUUUAUUCUAAUAAUAACCAAGACUUUUCAAGCUUCUAGAUUUCAUAGAAGAGCUUGUAAUAGCAAGAAGUAUAAAUUGCAAGAAAAAAUUACUUUUUAGAAAUUGCUUUGUUUUCCAAGCAAUAAGUACUACAUACAUAUAGUACUUGUAAAGUGUUAGCUGUGAGUAAGCACAAAACAGACUUAAAAAGAUUUUUCAGACUAUGAUGAUGGUGGUAAACAUUUAAAAAAAAAUCCAGUGGUCCCCAAGGCAGGUAGUGUGAUAAGUGGACACACCACUCUGAGGCUCGUCACCUAAUGGGGACAAGAGCAGUGGUCACUGUGUGCCCUUGUCCUAGCCUUGAUUUCUCUGUCACUGGAUGGCUGGCCGCUGGGGAGGAUUUCAGCAGGUGAUUUGACCAGUUGCUGCCAUCUGCCCCACCCCACGAAGAUGAGCCAGAUUAGCAUUAAACCAGUCCUGGCCGGUCCUUCUUAAUACUGUGCGAUAGGCACCCAUCUGUCUCCAACCUUUAAGAGUUUUAUGAGAUCUCAUAAUCACUUUGAACUUCCAUGAAAUUUGUCUUCCAACAGUCCUGGGAGAAAAAAAAAUGCUAAACAAGGUUGUCUUGGCUUAAUAAUUCCUUAGAGCAUUCAGUAUCAAUAAUGGCAAUCAGCACACAGAAGGAAGGACCCAAAUCACUCUGUAAUGUAAAGAUUUCUGUUAAUUUGCAAGAACAAAAACAAUUAUGACAGAACCUUAGCUCCUCCAAUCACAAUGAUUCCUAACAAAUCAGUCUUUGUAAACUUAGUGGAUUUUUGGUUCUUUUAAUUGCAUACAGUUACAUCAGACUCUCUCCGUGGCCUUGUUCAUUUCAGUGUUAAUCAGCUAAACAGAAGUCGUUGCUUAUGUGUGAGUGAGCGUGUGCCACUGCCCGGCCUUUCUCCUUCGGAGCUUGUCGUCUUUUUCGCUAUAUUAGACUUUGCAGUAUGCCCAGAAGCUUUCCUUCAUAAAAUAGAAAGAAAAAAACAUUUGGCUUAUUUUUCACUGUAGCUAGUCUUUUAUACAAUAAUCUUGUAAGAAAAUUUCUUGAAUUCUAAAUAUUACUCUUUCUAGAUUUUUGAAAUCGAAAAGUUUUCAGUAAAAAGUUUCUUACUUUAUUUUAUUAUAUUAGGUAGUAAAAAUGUAGGGUUAUUUACCAUAACCUGUUCAUUAAUAUCAGAAAUUUACAAUAGCAUUUUAAGACCAUAGUAGGAUUCUAGCUUACCGUGUAGUACCUAUGGAGUAUUGUAAGAGCUAAUUGUCCGAGAUGAAUUGCUUCUCAUCUUGUUCUCCAGUUUCCAUUGUUGGUUUAUUACAGAUUUGUAUCCUGUGUCAAAUUCAAGGUAUUAUUGAUAAACCUUUUCAACCAGCAGCAAGAAGUUCAAAGUUUUUUCUGUCGCUAUAACAGAAAUCACAAUAUGUAUAUAACAUUUAUGUAGCAAUAAAUGUGCCAUCUUUUUUU